UAGACGCGCGCGCGAGUGGUCGCCACUACCGGCUUGAGCGGCGCGGCCGCCGACUGUGAUGCGAGCGCGCCGCCCGCCAUGGCCACGCUCGGCCUAUCCAAGGUGUUCAUUCUCGACAAGUAUUUCACUGAGCUGCAGAAGUUCUGGGAGACGGAGAAGAAGCUGCAAGACGCGUCGUCUUCAAACGAGGCGGUGCACCUCCAGCGGCGGCUGCUGAGCCUCAGCUCGGAGCUGGUGACGCUCCGCAACCACCUGCACGUGGGGGGGGGCGCAGGCGGGGGCGGGGGCGGGGGCGCAGGCGGGGGCGCGGCAGGGAAGGCGCCGGCGCCGCAGCCCGCCGUGCCGCCGCGCGCACCGCUCUCGCUACCGCCGCCCGCACCGCAACCGCAGCCGCCCGCGCCGCCGAUAUACCCACACAACACACCGUCAGAUGCGCGAUGGCGGGGCGGGAACGCGUGUACCACGAGCGCGGGAGCGGUGGCGGCAGCGGGAGCGGGAGCGGGAGCGGGCGCGGGGGCAGACGUCGAUGACCUGAUCCACCUGCGCGGGCCGCUCACGGAGGACGCCGUGGUGCGCGCGCUGCAGGCCAGGUUCUACCACAACAAGUUCUACACGAUGAUCGGGCCAAUCUUGGUGGCGGUGAACCCUUACACGGACGCGUGCAACUCUCUGACGCUGACGGCUGCGCGCGCGCACCGCCCCGAGCUGGCGCGACUUGUGCACGACGCCGUGCGACACCAGGCAGACACCGGCUACCCGCAGGCCAUCAUCCUCUCCGGCGUGUCGGGGUCCGGCAAGACGUACGCGUCGAUGGUGCUGCUGCGGCGGCUGUUCGACGUGGCGGGCGGCGGGCCGGAGACGGACGCGUUCAAGCACCUCGCCGCCGCCUUCACCGUGCUGCGAUCGCUCGGCACCGCCGCCACCGCCGCCAACUCCAACUCCAGCCGUAUUGGUCACUUCAUCGAAGUUCAAGUGACUGACGGCGCGCUGUACCGCACCAAGAUCCACUGCUACUUCCUGGACCAGACGCGCGUGGUGCGGCCGCCGGCGGGCGAGCGCAACUACCACGUGUUCUACCAGAUGCUGGCUGGCCUCACGCCCGACGAGCGCUCGCAGCUACACCUCGACAAGUACUCCGCGCAGGACCUCAGGUACCUGUCGUCGGGGCACGUGCGUCGCGCUGAGGGCGAGGACGCGGCGCGGUUCCAGGCGUGGAAGUCGUGCCUGGGCAUCCUCGGCAUCCCCUUCCUGGACGUGGUGCGCGUGCUGGCGGCCGUGCUGCUGCUGGGCAACGUGCAGUGGGCGGACGGGCCCGCCGGCGCCGAGCCCGCCGACCACGCCGCCCUGCACGCCGCCGCCGCGCUGCUGGGCGUGCCCCCCGCCGCAUUACUGCGAGGUCUAGCGACCCGCAGCGCGCCCCGUCGGCUGCGCAGUACCGGCACGGCGCCGGUCCCGGCGGGCGCGCCGGCGGGCGCGGCGGCGGCGGCCCGCGACGCGCUGGCCAAGGCGCUGUACUGCCGCACCGUCGCCACCAUCGUGCGCCGCGCCAACUCGCUCAAGCGGCUCGGCUCCACGCUCGGCACGCUCAGCUCCGACUCCAACGACUCCGUCCACCAGGACGCAGCGUCCCGACGCGCGUCGAGCGUGGGCCGCGGCGCGGGCGGGAGUGGGAGCGGGGGCGGGGGCGGUAGAGGCGGGGCGGGCGCGCGGUCGAUGGCGGCGCUCAACGACGCGGUGCGACACGCCACGGACGGGUUCGUGGGCAUCCUGGACAUGUUCGGGUUCGAGGAGGCGGCGCCCUCGCGGCUGGAGCACCUGUGCGCCAACCUGUGCGCGGAGACCAUGCAGCACUUCUACAACACGCACGUGUUCAAGUCGGUGGCGGAGUCGUGCCGCGAGGAGGGCGUGGCGUGCCUGGAGGUGGAGUACGCGGACAACGUGCCCUGCAUCGACCUGGUGUCCUCGCUGCGCGGCGGGCUGCUGGCCGCGCUCGACCGCGAGUGCGCCGCCAAGGGCGAGCCCGACCGCUACGUCGCCAGGAUCUACAACGCGCACAGGGGUCACCCGCGACUGGCGGAGCCUCGUACCAGCGUCGGCGUCGCCAGCACGCGGCGGUUCGUGGUGCGGCACUACGCGGGCGACGUGACGUACGACGCGACGGACUUCCUGGAGGCCAACCGCGACGCCGUGCCCGACGAGCUGCUCGCCGCCUUCGACACGCGCACAUGCGAUUUCGGCUUCGCCACGCAUCUGUUUGGUUCCGAGCUCAAGGCGUUAGCAGCGCACGGUGGUCCAGCAGGCGCCCAGUUCCGCGCUUCCCCUACAGCGGGCGGCGGCGCGGGCGCGGGUGCUGGUGCUGCAGCGGGCGCGGGUGCCGGCGCAGGCGCGGGGCUGGAGGCGGCCUCCACGCUGACGCAGGACUUCCACACGCGCCUCGACAACCUGCUGCGCACGCUCGUGCACGCGCGCCCACACUUCGUGCGCUGUCUGCGCGCCAACCAUACCGAGACGCCCAUGCUGUUCGAGAGGACCACCGUAGCGAAACAGGUGCGCGCCCUCCAAAUCCUGGAGACGGCGCAGCUGAUGGCGAGCGGGUACCCGCACCGCAUGCGGUUCCGCGCGUUCAGCGGCCGCUACCGCGCGCUGUACGGGCGGCGCGGGGCGGGGUCGGGCCCGGGCCCGGGCGCGGGCGCGGGCGCAGGCGGGGAGCGCGAGUCGGGCGCGGCGUGCGCGCGAGUACUGCGCUCCGUGUGGGCCGCGCACGCACCGCCCGCGCCCGCUUCACCCGCCGCUGUGCGGUGGGCGCUUGGCAAGCGGCAUGUUUUCCUCAGCGAAGGCAUGCGACAGGUGUUAGAGCGCAUACGUCGCGCGCGUCGCCAAGCGGCGGCGGAGUGCAUCCAGGCGACGUGGCGGCAGCACCGCGCGCGCGGGUCGCGGCCCGCCCCCGGCCCCGGCCCCGGCCCGCCCGGCGCCGGGCCCGCCCACGCGCUCGCGCCCGCCCCCGCGCCGCCCGCCCGCCCGCGACCCGCGCCCAUAGCGGGCACGCCGCCCCCCGACCCCGCCGACAAGUGCGACCAGGCGCUCGUCAAGAAGACCUGCUCGCUAUUCGGACUCGACUUGGAGCGUCCACCGCCUCUGCCGCCGUCACGCGCGUACACGGUGGCGGGCGGCGUGAAGCUGGGCUACCCGCAGCAGCGCGUGGUGGCGGCCGACUGGACCGAAGACAACGCGCCCGCGCCGCUGCGCCUGCGGCCCGGCGACACCGUGCUGGCCGUCGCGCCCGCCAGGCCCGGCCACGUCACCGUGCAGGUGGGCGGGCGCCGCGUGUCGGUCCCGCACGCGGUGCUGGGCCCCCCUCGCGCCGUGACCGCGCGCCCCCCGCCCCCCCCCGGCGCCCCCCGCACCACCCGCGCCCCCCCUGCCGGCUCCCGCGUCCGUCGCACCGCUCGCGUGACGACAUGGACCUCCCAUCGGAGCCUACAUCAUCAAUCAUACAACCAGAAACAAGUUUAAUAGUGGUGUCGAUUCUGGCGUGAUUCUCUAAACUUAAAACUAAAUUUAACAUCAGUCUCUCCUUUUCAUUCUUUAUAGAGAAUGACAAGGAUAUACUGCUGUCAAAUUUAAGUUUAGGUUUAGAGAAUCAUGCUAGAAUCGACACCAGUAGCUAGCUAUUCGACUAUUGUACAAAACCGAUCCACUACCUAUCUAUAGCCAGACAAAGCAUUAAAAAUUCCGUUACCGAUACAGCCAGACCAGUGCAAUAUAUAGUUCCAAACUUUCAUGGUCGCUAAUAUUAUAAAAAUAUAAGUUAUUUACGGGAUUGUUACUAUGUACUUUGUUUUUAGCCUUAGUUUCAGAUAUUUUGGCACUGUUGCAAGCGCCAUGAUCACGGAGUAACUGAAGUAAUUGCGGGUAGGCUGUUAUUGGCAGACAUAUCGGUCUACCCUCCGACAAAGUCUUUUAUUGCGUCCGAUACCCGUCCCACUGUUCACAUUCUCACUAUUCACUCGAGACUGUUCUCGACACACAACACUUACAGUAUCUGAUCGUUGGCCAAUGUACUAAUUGCCACAGCUGCAAUCGAUUUUAUAGACACCAGGUUUCUCCAAGGGGAAGUUGUCUUUAGGAGACCAUAGGUAUAGUGAAUCCUUUCGUAAAAACAAGGUACAUGGUAACAAUCCCGUAAAUAACUUAUAUUACUAUAAAACAAGUGUAAGUUUGAAACUCUAUUACAUUUAUAUAUCUACUAACUUUGCUGUAAGUAAAUUUUGCAAAGGAGCAUGAUUAUACCAUAAGGGUGACCGACAACAUUGUGCUUUGCUGCGCUGUGCUGUUAAUGCUAAACUUAAAAUAUGAAAUACAACACGCAUAUUUUUGGUUUCAUCAGUAAAAUAAAACUAAUUAACUAAAUACAUUGGAGUAAAUAACAUCACAGCGCAGCAUAGCUUGAUGUUAAUAGGUUACCAGUCCAGUAGGCCUAUUCAUGGCGCAAAAACAAAGGGCCUAUUAGCUAACUGCUUUUGACAAAAGGAAGUGAUGAUCAACGAGCUAUUUAGUGAGCUAUUUACUGCUUUAUUAUAACGCCACUUGGAUACCUGCUUGUUCUAAAAGCAUCGUUGGAUAUGCAAUUUUCUCUUUAGUUUUUAUGUUAAAAAAGUUAGCGAAUAGUCGGCAGCAGAGAGGUGGGCAACAUAUUAUUUGAAAAGGAUAAAUUCGAUACAAUAGCAGGGACAAAAAAUCUUACGCAACGAGAUGAUUGCAGUUUUGAGAUUAAAUAAAACAUAUUUGCCGCUCGUCACAAAUGGUAUUAAAAUAUUUUUUGUGUACUAAACGUAAAUGACGGAACUGGCUGUAUAAGUUUCUGAAUUCCACAAAGGACAACUGUGGAGCCAGCAUAAUUUCCAUUUUUGUUAAUUUUAUAAUAAUGUCUUUUUAAAUCGUUUAAUUAUUUCAAAUAAUUAAAAGGAGUUUAAUUACCGUAACGAUUUCAUGGCUUUCUUGCAAAUUCUGUUUAGUGUUGUAUAUUAAAUGUUAAGUUAAAAUUAAUGACUCGGUGCCUUACACCUACAUAUAAGUGUAAAUAAUAGCUCUAAGUAUUUAUGUUAGCGUGCGAAGUGGUCGGACGCCGCGGCGCCGGCGCCAUCUGGCAGCGGUUGGUGUUCAACGCGCAGUAUUAUAUAAACCGACCAUAGAUUAUAUUUUAAAUCUACGAAACCGACUGAAACUGAGGGCUGAGGAGCGGUACCCUUCAUACUCAUAUCUGACUGAAACCAACACAGGAGAUCGGGUACUCCGUCAUUUUCUUGGUACUUACCUGAAACUAUUUACAAGUAUAAAGUAAAUUGAAGAACAGGAUGUCCUUUUAUCGGUCUCUUUAGAAUUGAAUAAUAACAGAUUGAUUGAAUGUCGUGUAACGUGACUGUGAAUAUAAGGACACUGCAAUAUAUUGUUGGAAAAUUAAAUCUAUCCUGCUUGCGUGUGAUUCACAAUAGAAUAUAAAAGACAGUUUAUAUUUCACACAACUGGUGAGAAAUUCUCACCGAGGACCCCUCCUUGUUAGAUCACUCUAACCCUGAGUACUGAGAAAUAUAAAUAAAAGGACAUUGCAGUGUUGGUUCCAACUCAACGUAUGUUUUGAAAUAGAGAAAAUAAAUUACUAAACAAAAUAUAAAACUUUCUCAGUCGAUUAUGAAUCAUGUUAAGCAAAUCCGUUGGAAAGUUUCCACAGUUUGGAUAACUUAAUCUUUAAAAUGUCUGAACGGUUCCAUCUACGCGCCCGUGCUGUCAAACAUUAAAGUAGGUACAUACUGUACAGUGUCAGAUGUUGAGUUGAGUUUUAUAUUAACUUUAUAUUUUGUUCUUUGUAUAUGCAUAAUAACAGCAACAAUAAAGUAUAAAUACUAAUUCAAAACAUUCAUUGAAAAUUAUGAAAUUUAUAAAAAUAAUAGUUAAAAAAUCCGUUACUUUACUUAUUUUCCGAAAUCUAUGUCAAAAUGAUAAGGACGUAUUAGAUAUUAAUUAGAUUUGAAUGUAUGUACUUAAUUGUAUCAAGAGAGAAGGUCAAGUAUAGUGGUGCGCGCGCGCAGCUGUUCGUCGCUUUCUGUUACCAUAGACACACAUACCAUAGCGAAGGAAACUCCGCCCUACCGACCACAUUAUGGUACCGACUGUAAUAGAUACCUGUGUCAAACGUUACUCAGCUUAAAAUUUUAAUAUGUAUUUAGAUUAACGAGACAACGAUGCGAGCCAUACUUGAGUGCAAUGACCCUCACCAGAUAUUGUAUUUAGAGAAAUUUACGACUAUGAGCUUGCCAACAUGAGUCUGAACUACAUUUAAUAUUAUAAUAAUAAUUAAUGUAUUCUAUUCUAAAAAAAAAUCUAUCGAUUGUGUAUUUUAGUUGAAAGGAUUAAGGUACAAAUAAAUAAGUCUAUGAUAAUUUAAAAUAAUUGUUUUAUUUUAGCUUUUAUUGUACACAAAAUAUUUUCACUCUGGAAUGUAGGGCGCGGGAAGCGGCUGGCCGCCGAAGAUCUUUUCAUUAACAUGCACUAUAACUUAUUUCUUGGAUACGAUUCAAAUGUUGUUAUUUUUUGGAUCCAAACCCACUUAAUAUUCUUUCAUAAAUAUUCGAAAAAGAAGGCUUUAUCGAGUUAUUUUUUUAAUUAAAAUAAAAAAUUAAACUUUAGGCAGUUUGUAAGACUGUCUAAAUCAGUGGUUCUUAACCGGUGGUCCACGGACCACUUGUGGUCUGUAGAAGCAACCGAAGUGGUAUUGGACCCAGGCGGUAAAAACCCUUUACAGCCCCUCUAGCAUGAACACCGCGAUAUGAUAUAUAGAUCGUUUUUACGCUCAGUUGUCAAAUGACUAUAGUAUUUGACAGUUACACGUAAUAAAAACGUGAUAUAAUGUAAAUUGUGUUCAUGCUACAGGAACAGGCAUUCAUUAAUUGGUGGUCCGUGGUAAGCUUCGAUCAACAAUUCUAUAGAUAACAGUUUGCAUACAAAAUCGAAGACAAAAACUGUCCGCGUAUGUUUAAACUUAUUCAGCUACAUUCGAUUCCCAAUGAACAAAGAUAAAUGUUUAUGUUGAACCUAAUUACAACUUUCUCCUAAUUACAAAGGAAUAAGGUUAAAAAUAACAAAAUGUUAUUUCACACAUAUAACCUUUGAUCUUAUAAAACGAGCCCUGGUUCCUUUUAUAAAUUAUAUCUGAUACUUGAAAACAAACGAUAAAGGUGAAAAAAUGAAAAUGUUAAAUAAACCUUAAGACCCACAAAGUAAAAUAUUUUUACCAGUAAUUGGCCAGGGAGUUACUUCGUUUUGUAUUAACCGAACUAAUUUAAAAUAAGAUCUCACGCCUCAAGGGAGGCUAUAUUUACCGAGACUGAUUUUACGCGCUGGCCCGUUACCUAUACAAUUGGUGAUCGAAGGUGGUAAGACAGAAGAAGAAAAGGGUAAAGAUCCACUGGCCUAAAGUUACCGAUAGAACAGUUUAACGCAAAUGAGUUCUGCGCCGGCCGCCUUCAACGUUUAAAAAGAUUAUCACAAAUUUAUAAAUAACAUAUUGAAGGAUAUUCCAGAAUAUUCUACACACAAACAUUAUAUAUAAACUAUGACAGCGCACUCGAAACCUAAUAACCAUCGCACGUUUGGCUAUCUAAAUAUCGCGCCAGAAACUACACUCAAAGUCCUUCUGACGCAAACCCACUAGUACUGUGUAUAGCACAUCUGACAUACCACCUCUAUUGGAUCUGAACGACAUACAUAUAUAGAUAUAAUACGUUAGUACACAAUGGCAGUGUCGAUUAACUAAUCUGUCUAGAAACUACAACGAUACCUACAAUAAUUCUCUCAUUAUGUUUACAUGUAAUAGUACAAUAUACAGCGAUUUUUGUUUAACCAAAACUUCUUUGAAGUGUGCGAUGUUGUGGCAAAGCGAAAUAUCCCUUAUCGCAUGGAUUUAUUCAUUGAUCAGAUGUAAUUUGAUAUUCUAAAGCAGGAAUCGAUUCUGUUUAAUCCACUUCUACGUCCGAAGACUACCAAUGGAUACAAAGAGAAAGGUCCAUAAAUCAAUAACGCAACGCGGGCCCUACCCCCCAGUGCGCACUGUUCCCACAGUGUUUUGGUUAAAUAAAAAUUUCGUUGUAUUGACAAUAAUAUUAUAUUAAAACGCCAUUAUAAUGACAUUACAGAAUGCACAUAUAACAAGGUCACACCGAGCAGUAUUGAGUUAAUAAAAUUUGACGAAUAUAACAACAUCGAAGGUCCCAUCAAUAAACACUGGAAUACACGUAAACAAUACUUACACGUAGACAUUUAUAAAAUGCUUCGUUGGUUGUAUCACAUCGCUUCCGGGGCGUACGCUUUGAGACUAGGGCACCGAUUCCCAAACUUUUUUACUUCUAAUCCCCAUGUAACCGAACAUAAAUAUAUAGUUCAUAAAUCUGGACUAAUAAAUUAAUACUUAUGACUUUAUUUAUUUUUUAAGCAUUUAAUUGCUAGAUGUUUAAAUCUAAAGAAAAGUUUACUAGAAAAAAUCCACGCGGGCCAGGCAGCGGACGGAACGAUGGCGCUGCCUUGCAGCUUAAGGCUAGGAAAAUUUCGACGCGGCUAAUAGGGCCGUGGUAGCAUAAUGGUCAGUGCAUUCGCCCGGAUAGCGAAGGAUGCGGGUUCGUGUCCCGUCCGCUACCUGGUCCGCGUGGUUUUUUUUCUAGUAAACUUUUCUUUAAAUUAAUACUUACUUGAAUAUUAUCAUAAAUGCGUUACCAAAACUGUUUAAAAAUUUUAACAGAUUGAGGGCAGCUGUUUAUUUAACAUACGCUUGCAAUUUAAUAGAUAAAUUUCAGAUACAAUGCAUCAUCAAAAUUGUCAAAACAUCAUCAAGUUAACGUCUCCAAGCGCACGCCCCGUGUUAAUUUAAAUAUAUGUUAUCACUAGAAUCUAGACAUUGACAAACUAUCCAUGCACUAACAUUCGGUAGCGAUUUGAAACAUUUACAAAAAUACAAUAUUUUCGCCAUGAAACAAACAUACACAAUUGAUUUCGACUCUAAAUAGUAUUUGUAUACAACAAGGAAUUGUGCAAGCGACGAGACAGAUAACCGCACCACCAGGGGGCGCCCCGCCCCCCGUAAACUAUAGAAAAUUUGGCAACCAUCAUUUAUUUCAUAUACAUUUACAAUUUACAAUUACAUACAAACAUGACAGUUAUAUAAGUCUCAUCAACACGAUAAACAUACUAAUACAUCUAUUCCGAAACACUAUAAUAUAAUACUGUAUAGAAACAACGCUAUAGAUUUAUAUAGUAAGCGUAACAAUGUGAACAGAAGCGUGGCAGUAGACGGCCGCCCAGGAGAUCCAUUUUUAAAUAACUCGCCUCGCGUCGAACGAUCGAUUUAUACUAAUUUUGACUCGACAUAAUAAAUUGCGUAUUUUUGAAUCGCUCGACGUCAACGAGUGAUCUCGACCACUCGUUGCGCGUUGGCGAAUGAUGGAGGCGAAUGGUAGAAUAAUUGUCAAAUUUCUGUCUGACAUGUUCAACAUUUUUUCUCAAUCUUUUAAAUAUACAGAUAAGAUGACGAUUUGUUGCGACGUUUUGAUAUUUUCUAACAAAAAAGGAAAAAGAUUAAAUAACUAGUUAUUGGGACAUACGUUUAUUUUUCACAGCGGUAACGACUGCUAUUUAUCUUUUUCCGUGAAAUUAAUAAAAAAAAAUGUUAUAUUUUUAUUAUUUUAAAGCAUGUAACUGCUUGAUGUUUAAAUCGAAAGAAAUGUUUUACACUUGUAAAAGUAUUCAUUUGACAUUGUGGGUUACCUAUAAUGCGAAGAGAUAGCGCUGAUUUGCAGCUUAAGAAUGGCUAGAAGAAUUUCGACGCGGUCCGUGAGGGCCGCGGUAGCAUAAUUGGUCAGUGCAUUCGCUCGGAUUGCGAAGGGUGCGGGUUCGAGUCCCGUCUGCUCUGUAGGAAAAAGUCCGCGUGGAAUUUUUUCUAAUUCUAUUUUCUUCAUUAAUAUUUUGUAUUAAACUGGUAACAUUGUGGAUGAACGAUUCAAAAAUACGGAAAACCAGUAUCAUGCGACUUUCGACGAUACUAUGUCAGGCGAGCGAAUCAAUAAUAGAGCUCCAGAUCGCGCGACAUCGAGAUUUCAAUAUAAACUUACAGUAAACAUGUAAAAAUAUCAAAAACUUAAUAUUAAAGUUAUCAUGAGAUUAGUGCUAGAAUACAAGAAGGCAACGUGCAACACACUACACACCGUGUCCCGCGGUUUUCUUCGCCUCUCAUCGGUCCAACAGAGAAUAAUAAACGCUAAGUAUACGGCAGAAGGAGAGGGGAACCAGGCUUAGGGUUGCCAGCAAUAUAGUAAUAAUAAUAGCAAAUAGUAAAAGAGUGGAUACUAACCCGCACUUACAGUGAAACGGAACAUAUACUACUUUAAAAUAUAGAUGACAUUAUUACAACACACACAAUAUCUCACAUAUACACACAAACACAUACACACAUACACACACACACACAUAACGUUUUUGUAAUCAUCCGGUGUCUCGAAUCGAACCACUGCCUUUCAUAACACAGGUCUUACCUAGCAUGAAAGUCAGGGGUCCUACUUAUAAGACUAAAAGAUAGCAAACCAUUCUUUGUUUAUUUUAAGAUAAUAUUGUAAUAGUACUUGUAAGGUUUGAUGAAUAAACAUUAUUAUUAUUAUUAAGUUAUAACCAACUCGACAACUCCCAGAUAUAGUUGUAACAGCAUUAUAGGUCGGCAAUUAAUUAUUAAUAGUGUAAAUAAUUAAUGUUGAAGUUCAACUUAAACUAUUACAAUAAGCGCUCGUACCGCUAUCAAUCACUGUAAUAGAUAAAGUGACAACCCUGGACAAAACUAAGUUGCCCUCUCUCCUUUCCCUACAAUAACAUGAGCACGUGGCGUCGAAGGGCUAAUUUAAUAAAUAUUUUUAAUUCAAUUCAUAUAUAUUCUAAAUCUAGUACUAAACAUCUCUUUUAUUUAAAGGAAAUUCCUAAAAACUAUCAAGUAAAAUAAAAUUGAAAACCGCGGGAUCUGUUCCCAACAAAUACGUAUUUUCAUCUCUUUGAAUAAAAUGAAAACUCCAAAAUUAUAAUAACAAGUUUACAUCACAUAGAAUAUAAAUUGACGUCUAAUUCAUAUCAUAAAUCAGUAAAAAUAUGCAUGCUUUCCAACUGUCGCCGCCGCGUCGCGUUUCGCGAAGUUUAAGCCAAUUAUUACAUAAAAUAUUAAAAUAUUCUAAAACAACCAGUUUUGUAAGUUUGUUAGUAAUGGCUCCGCCCGCAGUUCGUGGAAGAUCUUUGCCGACCUUGGUUUUUUUCACUAACUUAAGUAUUAUUUACAUAAAGAGAAUAAUUUUGGGUCAUGGUAAGCUCUUUUAACUAAUGCUCUGUAGAUAUGCAGGUUAGCACUUACAAUAGGAUUGGCUGGAUGUUUUUUUUAAGUGUAUUUUAACAGAACACUUGCUGUAACACGAAUAAACGUUUUAUAGUCGCUUCCGACUCAGGAUAACUGACAUUUAUGAAAAAAACGGCGUACAUUUCGAUAAGAUUUACACUUGUAUAAUUGAGCAUGUUCCAUAAUACAUACAAUACAUAAAUCUCCAUACAACAACAAGGCAAAAAAGGCAGUUGGACAAACAAUAAUUAAAGCGUUUAAUUCAUGUUCCGCGACAAUUUAACGAUACACUAUAAUUAUAUAUUAUCAUAGAGUAAGGGUACGUUCAGAUGAUAGGCGUUUAACACGCGUUUUGCUAACGCACCUUGACAAAUACAUGCAUGUUGUUCGAGCUAUGCUAACUGUUACUAGAUGCUAACGCGCGUUUUUAUUUGACGCGCACAACAUGCGUCAGCAAUCAUCUGAACGCACUCCAAGCAUAGAGUUAAAUUUGAACAUUGAUAGUAACCUCGAGGGAUAUACUGUACUUCCAGGGCCCAAAAGUAAAAACUUCACAGUUUUGUUGUAAUUUCGCAUUUUUGUUGUUAAAAAGGUUUCUGUUAACCACGUUAUUAAAAAAAAUGUCACACUUAUGCACUGGUAGUUUUUUAGAAAAAAAUAUUGAAAAUUUUUACUUUUCUUAUCAAGUGGUGAUACUUCACACUAGGUUAGGUUAGUGUUGUGAUCAUAACGCGCGAGCCGAGCGAGCAAAGCGAGGGUGCCGCGGCAGCGGCCGGCGAAGCGCCAGAAAAAAAAAUCUGUUAAAAAGACCUUUUCUACAAAAAAAAACAAGUAUCACCUUUUGGGCCCUGGGAGUACAGUUUUACCACAUCGAGUGUUUGAACACAGGCGAUAAGGCCGCGGCUCGCAACCGGCUCCGACCAGCCUCGGCACCUUCCCCUUUCCGUCACAUCGAGUUUCUCGACACGCAUCUAUCGCACAUUUCACGUCACACCGGACGCGGGGCACCGUCGGGCGUUCGCCGACAUAUCGAUCUAUUGCAAACCCAUAAAAAAACGAGGGGACCGCGCCGUCGCGGGCGGUGCAUCACAGAGAUCGCUAUCAUAUUUAUUACACAUAAUAUAUUUUAUUUGUUUCUUAGGUUUUCGCGCACAUCACUCAUUACUCAUUAGUUUUUACGGGUUAAUGCACGAAACUUUAUUUAUUUAUUGACGUUUCGUAGCCGUAUUACAGGCUUCGUUGUCAGAAUAAAACUUUUAUUUAAUUCGUCGAGCUACCUUCGAAAGACUUUUAUUGAGCGUUCGGUCAUUUCAUUGGUCGAUUUUUAAGUUUCAUUGUCUAUGUAUGAAUUUAUCAUUUAAUUUACUUAAUAAAGUAUUUUAUUUAAAAUUCUUUUUUGUAAUUUUGAGUUUAUUUAUUCGACCCUAACUACCGUAAACCACCACCGGUUCCAAAAUUGGGAGACCUUUCCGAGAAGAACCGGCGAAACGGACUCAAGAGAGGCUUUCCAUCUCAAUAGCGUCAAUAAAUAAAUAAAGUUUCGUGCGUUAACCCGUAAAAACUAGUUUUAUCUUAAUAUAUAUAAAUCUCGCGUCACAAUGUUUGUCCUCAAUGGACUCCUAAACCACUGAACCGAUUAUAAUAAAAUUCGCACACCAUGUGCAGUUCGAUCCAACUUGAGAGAUAGGAUAGUUUAAAUCUCAAAUUAUAGUCGCAAUUUUAAUUUAUUGCAAAUUAUUACUUUUGGGCGGUACGAAGUUCGCCGAGUCAGCUAGUUUAAUAAUAUAUUUUCACAUCGAAUCGCCGUAGGGUCGGCUGAAACGCGAAAAAAAGCUCUUCCCACAGAAUCGAAGACGCGUUCAGUCUAGACGUCGUCAUGGUUCGUUCGCGUGAAGUACGGGAGACAUAGCCAACCUGGAGCGGGCUCGCACAGGGCGCGGUAGGCACGGCGGGCACGGGCGAGUGCGGGCUAGUCCCGCGCUAUGGGGGUGCUGCACACGGCGCCAGCGGAGGGGGCGCGUCGCUCCAGCGGGGAGUCGCAGCUCACCGGAGCACCGUCGGCCUCCACGCUGGCCUCCGCUACGGGACUGGGCUCGCACAUGGAAGUGAACACCGUGGAAGAGGACACCUCUCGCACGCACCGCCGCUGCUCCGCUGCAACGAUACAACGCGACAACUGUCACACACCUGUUCGUAGGGCGGCCAAAGGUACUAUCCGAUGGCCCAACUAUUCUUGGUCGUUCCCACGAAAGACAUUAAUCGAAUUCGGGCACCCGAAGCAAUAUAUACACUGGAAACUAAGUUCAUAAAUAAAUGGAAAAAUUAAACCUAGUCUGUUUAAUUUACAUCAAACAUGCCAUGCCGCAUCUAGAAUCGAUCCCAAACAGACCGUUCUUUGUACAUCCGUGAUUGCCUAGUGCAACUGUGCGAGUUGCGAUACAAAUUUCGAUCUACCCACGUUAAUUUUAUUAUAUGUGUACGCUCAAGUGUUAUAUGCAUUACGUUAAAACUUAAUUUUUCUCAGUAAGUAAAUUGUAUUAUUCUUUUUGAGAAAUAAAAUUCUUUAACCAUAAUACGGACUUGAAGUAUAUAACGAAAACUACCCGAAUACGGGCGUACUCGACUUCAUUUACAGAUCGCGGUACGUAACUCUUGUGCUGAACAGAACGCGGAGGAGAUAGCAGCGCAUGGCUGGGUACAACUGGAGAGCCAAUCGGCACAACGCAAGCCCGCCCGCGCACAUCGUUUGCCCCCAAGACAUCUUAAUUUUUACUUCAGCGCAAUAACGGUCGACGCUAAAGUUUCGUGCCGCGACUUAUACACUUAGUCCUUUAUCCGAAUUCCGUUGGCACUCGUAUUCGGGCUAGCCAAAUGUAAUCGCGCCAUAAGACGCACAAUGAACAUGACGGAAUCUGGAAUUCAGAUUCGGAAUUCCGUGAGCUUGGCGCGCAGACGUUUCGGUUUUUUUAGAGUCAAACCGAACGUUAGGUUUUUUCGUGUGUGCGCCGCGAAAUCUGUUUAAUGAGGAACAUUUUGUAUUUAUAAUUAUUAUUAUUUUAAAGCAUAUAACUCCUUGAUGUUUAAAUCUAAAGAAAACAUAACUAGAAAAAAUUCCACGCGGACCAGGCAGCAUACGGGACUCGAACCAGCACCCUUCGCAAUCCGGGCGAAUGCACUGACCAAUUAAGUUACCGCGGCCUACACGGACCGCGUUAUUGGGUUACCUAAGUAUAAUGCGAAGAGAUGGCGCUGCCUUGCAGCAUAAGAAUGGCUAGAAGAAAUUCGACGCGGUCCGUGAGGGCCGCGGUAGCAUAAUUGGUCAGUGCAUUCGCCCGGAUUGCGAAGGGAGCGGGUUCGAGUCCCGUCUGCUGCCUGGUCCGCGUGGAUUUUUUUCUAAUUAUAUUUUCUUUAACAUUUUGCAUGUUAAAACGUGCAUUCAGGUUUCCAAAUUGAAAAUGCUGAUCAGAAAACCGUACUUUUGCGUCCAGUCUAAUGACCUAUCAAGCUUUUGCUGUCAUAUUACUGGCAAUCAAGGUCAUGACGAACGGAUGGAUGGAUAACCUGUUGUCUAAUGGGGUGACUGAUGAUGCAUUUUUAUAAUUCAUGACUGACGGCUGCAUGAGCGUCUAAUGGCCGGCUAAAGGUAGCGGCAAACUUCAUAAAGUAAACCACAGCGCAGUAGCAAUUUUAUAAACAAAACCGCCUACUGCGCUAGUUUAUGUCUGUGGUUUACACCUACAUCGUUUUAGAAAAGUGAUGAAUGAUUAAGUACCGUUAGUAUAUAAAUAUUAAUUAACAAUAUACAUUCGAGUGUUCAUUGUUUUGAUUGUAUUGUAAGCUUUAGCGCAGGAGGAGAGUACUCGAGUAGCUUUCAUAAGCGACCUACUUAGUUUAUAAUUAGUUGGUGCCUGAUAACAUUCAAGGCAGUUUAAAACGUUGAUAAUUAUAAUAAUUUCUUUAAUUGAAAUCUCGUGAGUAACUGACCAGGUAACUAUGUAGCUGAUACAGAUUUCUGUGUUUUCUUAGAUUUUUAUCACAUAAAAAAUUAAAUAUGUUGAAUAAAUCGUUUUGAGUUUGUUAUAUUUCUCUCGGGACUCAAUGGUUGUAUAUUUUAAGCCACCUCGUCAACUUCCACAGUGAAUCGAGAUAAGGAACGCACAGCAUCUGCUCAGUAAAAAUAUGAAUAAAUUAUGAUCAAGAGCGCGCAGACUAAAAGCGGGCGAGAGAGGAUCCAGAGAUGUGACGCAGAUGCCACUCAGAUACAAAUAAUCCUAUUUUUUUUUAAAUGAAGACAUAAAUGUCGAGCCUCCAUAAUGCCGACCUCCAGCUGAGCCUGAAAUGGGUAAUAUUUUUUUGAAAUUUUACGGUUGUGCGUGUAUUGUAAACGAAGAUUUUUAUAAUAGGGUAUUUGACAGUGUUAAAAAUAAAGUGCCAAUUGUUAGCAUCUGUGUUUAGAAUGAAUAUUGGCAGGGGUUUUUACUAUUUUUACAAAAAAAAUAUUCAUAAUUUUACUAAAAACUGACGAAAAAGAUAAUAGUUUUCUUAUCUAUUGUCACGUGACCCAAAACGCUUGGGAUUGGCGGAGCCUAAAAUGGCGUCACACGCAAGUAAACUUCCGGUCAAAGUGACAUUACAUUGUAUCGUUUGACGUUUUAAUAACAGUCGUGUGACGUCACACACUAGUAAGACUCCAUAUUGUCCA